AAAUCUACAAAUAGAAAAGCUCCAUCAGGGUGAACUGAAGUUAUCCUAAGGAAAAAUUUCAUUGCAUGGAUUGUGUAAACUCACUGAGACUGAAGUAAAGCUGGAAAGGAAUCUACAAGUGAAUAAAACAAGAAGUUUGGAAUUGGAUUUGGGGAAUCUGGGCUUGGAAAUGCCUCAGCCCAGUGUGAGUGGAAUGGACCCUCCUUUUGGGGAUGCCUUUCGGAGCCAUGUGUUUUCAGAGCAGACUCUGAUGAGCACGGAUCUCUUGGCAAGCAGUUCAGAUCCAGACUUCAUGUAUGAACUGGACAGAGAAAUGGACUAUCAGCAAAGCUCCAGAGACAACUUACUUUCAAUGGAGGACUGCAAAGACCUUGAGAACUUGGAGUCUUUUACGGACAUCCUGGACAAAGAAGCUGCUCUCACCUCAAAGUGGGAGCAGUGGGACACCUACUGUGAAGACUUAACUAAGUACACUAAAUUAACCAGCUGUGACAUCUGGGGAACAAAAGAGGUGGAUUACCUGGGCCUUGAUGAUUUUUCAAGCCCAUACCAAGAUGAAGAGGUGAUAAGCAAAACACCAACACUGGCUCAGCUUAACAGUGAGGACUCCCAACCUGUUUCUGAUUCACUCUAUUACCCUGAUUUGCUCUUUAGUGUAAAACAAAACCCCUUAAAUUCUUUGUUACCUGGCAAAAAAAUUGCAACCAGAGCAGCAGCCCCAGUCUGUUCCUCCAAGAACGUUCAGGCUGAGGCACCUUUGUCGGACUGUGUUCAGAAGGCAAGCAAACCUGCAACUCAGCCUGCUUCCAGUACACAAAUCAUGGUGAAGACCAAUGUGUACAAUAAUGAAAAGGUGAACAUUCAUGUUGAAUGUAAAGACUAUGUUAAAAAGGCAAAAGUAAAGAUCAAUCCUUUACCACAGAGCAGACCAGUGCUGAGCCAGACACAUGCUGAUGCAGCGAAGGAAAACACCUGUUAUUGUGGUGCUGUAGCAAAGAAACAAGAAAGAAAAGGAAUAGAGUCCACGCAUAGUCAGAGUACGCCUCCUAUUUUGCCUUUUAAAGAGACUCAAGAACUGCUUCUCAGUCCACCCCAGGAAACCCCAGGGCUUAUUGUGGGGGAGAGCAGUCUUUCUGCCAGCACAUCAGUGUCAGAUUCUUCACAGAAGAAAGAGGAGCACAACUAUUCUCUUUUUGUAACAGACAGUUUGGGUGAACAGUCAGCCAAAGGAGAUCCUGAAGAAGAUGAGGAUGAUGAGGACGAUAUUGAAGAUGAGGACCAUGAUGAAGGAUUCGGCAGUGAGCAUGAGCUGUCUGAAAAUGAUGAUGAGGAAGAAGAUUAUGAGGAUGAUAAAGAUGACGACAUCAGCGACACUUUCUCAGAACCAGCAGUAACACUUAGUGGGUCUUCAAAGGAUACUGAAUUCCUCUCUCCUGCAUGUAGAAAUGGAGCCUUAACAACAGAAAUAAGAACUAACCUUCACCUAGAAGGGUAUGAAAAUGAUUCUGUGGAGGAUUUAAAAGAAAUGACUGCAAUAUCCUCUCGGAAAAGAGGCAAGCGAAGAUACUUCUGGGAGUACAGCGAGCAACUAACACCAUCACAACAAGAAAGAAUGCUGAGGCCAUCUGAGUGGAAUCGAGAUACGUUACCAAGUAACAUGUAUCAGAAGAAUGGUCUCCAUCAUGGAAAAUAUGCAGCAAAGAAGUCACGGAGGACUGAUGUAGAAGACCUGACUCCCAACCCCAGAAAACUUCUACAGAUUGGUAAUGAACUGAGGAAGCUGAAUAAGGUGAUCAGUGACCUGACGCCAGUCAGUGAACUUCCCUUAACUGCCAGACCGAGGUCAAGAAAAGAAAAGAACAAGCUGGCUUCCAGGGCUUGUAGACUAAAAAAGAAAGCCCAGUAUGAAGCCAAUAAAGUAAAACUCUGGGGUCUCAACACGGAAUAUGAUAACUUACUGUUUGUGAUCAAUUCCAUUAAACAAGAAAUAGUUAAUCGGGUGCAGGUACCUAAAGAUGAUAGAGGGGUCAACAUGGAACAGAAGUUGAACGUACUUAUUAAAGACACUCUUGGGCUACCUGUAGCUGGACAGACAUCAGAAUUUGUGAAUCAAGUUUUAGAGAAGACUGCAGAAGGAGACCCCACCGGUGGCCUUGUAGGGUUGCGAAUACCAAUGUCAAAAGUUUAA